UCACACUAAUUUAUUUCUGAUUGUAUUCACCGAUUUAUUCCCUUAUUUUUCGACUGUUGUGCUGAUUUGCUCUUGUGGCUAGUUUGAUCUGGGUGGUUCUGGAUAUGGAGAUCCGAUUGAAUUUCUUUUCUUUUCUGUUUUGGAUGUGGCCAUUUUUGUACAUUCAUCGUAUUGAAAUCACCAAGCUUUCUUCUUCUUUUUUCUUGUAAUUUUUGACUGGUUUGCAUUCCCGAGCUUAUUCAGGUCGAAAUACGAUUUUCAAUUUUUAAGUUUUGGUAAAAAUCUUGUUGUUCGAAGAUCACAUUCAAGAUCAAACAAGCUUUGGAUUUUUUUUUUCAAUAACUUGUUAUCCUUAGAUCCCAAUCAGCUUUAAUUUCGGACCAGCUCGGGCAUUUAUGGUUCGUGUAAUGCCUUCUCUGGGAGGCAGGGGAUAGCCCAUUCAACUCCGGUGAAAGUUGUGGCUUUGAACCCCAAUAGGGAAAGAAACGGCAGCGUUGUGAUGGAGAGCACACUGCAGGAGACGAGGGAGGGUUCUACCGUUCUUGACAUGGACCCCAAAUCCACUGUGUCUGGUGGGGUCCAGGACGUAUAUGGUGAAGACACUGCCACCGAGGACCAGUUAGUCACCCCUUGGUCGAUCUCUGUUGCUAGUGGUUACUCUUUGUUGCGAGAUCCACACCACAACAAAGGACUAGCCUUCGCCAUUAAAGAGAGAGAUUCUCACUUCCUGCGUGGUCUUCUUCCACCAGUAGUCGUUUCUCAGGACCUGCAGGUGAAAAAGAUGAUGCACAAUAUGCGCCAGUAUGAAGUUCCACUGCAAAAGUACAUGGCUAUGAUGGAUCUUCAGGAAAUGAAUGAAAAGCUGUUCUACAAACUUCUCAUUGACAAUGUUGAAGAGUUACUCCCUGUUGUUUACACUCCGACGGUUGGUGAAGCUUGCCAGAAAUAUGGGAGCAUCUUUAGACGCCCCCAGGGCCUUUUUAUCAGUUUGAAUGAAAAGGGGAGGAUUCUUGAGGUACUGAGGAACUGGCCAGAGAAGAAUAUUGAAGUUAUUGUUGUCACUGAUGGAGAGCGGAUAUUGGGUCUAGGGGAUCUUGGCUGUCAGGGGAUGGGGAUACCUGUUGGGAAACUUUCUCUAUAUACCGCACUAGGGGGAGUUCGUCCUUCAGCAUGCUUGCCCAUAACCAUUGAUGUGGGAACAAACAAUGAAAAGCUGUUGGAAGACGAAUUCUACAUAGGGCUCAGGCAAAGGAGGGCCACUGGACAGGAAUAUGCUGAACUUCUAGAUGAGUUCAUGACUGCAGUGAAGCAAAAUUACGGGGAGAAAGUCCUUAUCCAGUUUGAAGACUUUGCAAACCACAAUGCUUUUGAUCUACUGGCAAAAUACAGUACAACUCAUCUUGUAUUCAAUGAUGAUAUUCAGGGCACUGCAUCCGUGGUCCUUGCAGGGCUUGUUGCAGCACUAAAACAAGUUGGAGGGACCUUAGCUGAUCACAGAUUCUUAUUCCUUGGUGCUGGAGAAGCUGGCACUGGAAUUGCGAAACUUAUAGCCCUUGAGAUUUCUAAACAGACCAAUAUGCCUUUGGAAGAAACUCAGAAGAAUAUUUGGCUUGUAGACUCAAAGGUAAAAAUAGCUUGGUCCUGCUCCUUACUUUUCCCUCGCCACCCUCCUCUCUUUCUAUUUUGUAAGUGUUCAAGUUUGAAUGUAUUUUUUGCUUUGCAGGGAUUGAUAGUCAAAUCACGCAUGGAAUCACUCCAACAUUUCAAGAAACCAUGGGCACAUGAUCAUGAACCUGUGAAGACUCUUCUGGAUGCUGUUAAUGAUAUCAAGCCGACAGUGUUAAUUGGAACAUCCGGAGUUGGACAAACAUUUACUAAAGAAGUUGUUGAGGCUAUGGCUUCCUUCAAUGAGAAACCUAUUAUUCUUUCACUUUCCAACCCAACUUCACAAUCUGAAUGUACCGCUGAAGAAGCAUAUACGUGGAGUCAGGGUCGUGCCAUUUUUGCUAGUGGGAGCCCCUUUCCGCCUGUUGAAUAUGAUGGGAAACUUUUUGUCCCUGGCCAGGCAAAUAAUGCUUACAUUUUCCCUGGGAUUGGUCUGGGUCUGAUUAUGUCUGGUACUAUUCGUGUUCACGACGACAUGCUUCUGGCGGCAUCGGAAGCUUUGGCAGCUCAGGUGACAGAGGAGAACUUUGAAAAGGGUCUCAUUUACCCGCCAUUUAAGAACAUCAGGAAGAUCUCAGCUCAGAUUGCUGCAAAAGUAGCUGCUAAAGCUUACGAGCUUGGCUUGGCUACGCGCCUACCUCAACCGAAAGAUCUGGUGAAGCAUGCAGAAAGCUGCAUGUACAGCCCUUCCUAUAGAAACUAUAGAUGAAUGGGUUAUAAGUAGUACUGUUGCUUAAUUUAAAAAUUGAAACCGACUUAUUAUUAUUAUUUAUUUUUUCCCCUGCUUUCUUCUAUCCAUUCCUGCAAGCUAUUUGUGUGGGUGAGAAGAAAUCUUGGUGGACGUUAGCGGUUGUUGAACUAUAUUGAAGUCAAAAUAUUGGAAGGAAAUUGGUGGUGAUGGUGGUGGUGGUGGUGGUGGUUGUUGUGGUUGGCUUGAAACUUCACAUGAAAUGAAAUUUAAAAUUGUUGUUGAGAA